AUGAAUCAAGCUCUGGGGCUUACACAUCUCCCCGGAUCGCAGCAACAGCAGAACCGCCAAAUUUGCUUUGAGGAAACAUCAAUACCUCAGGCUGUCCACCCGCCUACGAGUGCACCAUCGAGCCCCCUACGAACCCAAUGUCGACAACAAAGUCCCGACAGUUUGUUUGAUGACGAUGAAACAUUCGAGUUGUCAUGGGAAAGCCAGCUUAUGGAUAUCCUACCACCGGAAGAACUUCUUGCCUCCUAUAGUAAUGAGCAGAAUACACCAGGCGCGGUGAUCAACACUCUGGAAUCUGGAUCGAACCAAGGAGCCGAAAGACAUGAAGCUCAAACUGCUUCAGGGUCCGUGGGAGAUAUAAAUCCCGUACCUGAUAGUCCAGCAGGGUUUCAUCAUGAGUCGGAUUGUCGGAAAAGGCCUUUUUAUAAUGAUAACAUAAGCCGGGCCUGGGGAGGAUCCCGACGCAUUUUGGACAAUCCCUGUUCUGAAAAAGAGUUGUCUGCUAAUUCUCUGAUUAAUGGCACUUCUCCUAUCGCUGCUGCUGCAAUUGAGCAUAUCCCUGAAACCACUACUCCUCAACGCCCAGAGGAAUCAUGCAAAGCUCAGGAUGUAUCAGAGUCUAUCCAAUUUGUUGAAAACUAUAUCACCAAAAAUUUCCGUCUCAGGAAGGAGGAUAUACUUGCCACCCAACAUCGCGAAAUUUUUCGUCACGUCCCAAAGCCUGAGGUGUAUAUAUCUCCCUACCCCAAGUACCGUGGGCCAUUAGGAUAUUUUCCUUCUGCACCGGCAACACAUGCCAGGUGUAUUGAGGUUGCGCCCGAUGAUGUGGCAGUACGAUUGGAGGAAUACCGUCGAAAUCUCCAAAAGGUUAGAUCCGAACGAAGCAAAUACAGAACUGUGUGGGCUGAAUGGAAAACCGUCGACCCUACAACUGGGAAGAGUAAGGAGCAGAUGUUGAAAGAAGAGCCAUUCCGCCUAAAGCGUGCCCUGUUGGCCCAAGAAAGGAAAACCGAAGAGUUUAGGAAGCAAGCUGAGGAUUGGCGUGGCCAAUACAACAACCUUGCCAUCGCAUACAAUGGACUUGUCCAGCAUUUGCACAUGCUCCAAUCCGCCCAGAUCCUUCGUCACCCAGCACAUCUUCCUCCUGGACAUCCAACACCAGUACCAUCACCACAGCCCGAACUUGUCACAGUAGACUCAUCCAUUAACUUACCACCCGAUCCGCCGAGAGCAGCCCGGAAUACACCUCACCCGCAUCCCAUUACUAUCGAUUUGACUGAUGACGAACCCACGAACCACAAUACCAAGGACUUAUCCUCCGUCUCUUUCCUUGCGGAGGAAUAUUCUGGCAAACAUGCCGCAGAAGAGCUUCGAACCGCCAUGUGUCGCAAAGAAUAUCAAUGGCUCGGUAAAAAUAACCGGCCACCAAGACGUUUGCUGCCAGCAAUUCCGUCUCUACGGGGAGAAUUACCACAAAAAUCGACAUACUCCACCAGCGCAGCUCCAUCCGUCACUACACAAGGCGAUUCUGCCACAUCAGCCUCCGCUACAAGCUCAGAAGCUAUGAUGGAGGGACGGCCACACGACUCUAAUGAUAAUAUUGAUGAAUUGGCUCGAGCUUUAGAAGCAGAAUUAGAGCGAGGCACAUCAAUUUCAUGCUAA